CGGACGGGAGGGCUUGAUCUGCGUCGAGAUUCCGCAAUUGCAAGUUAACAGGGACAAUGAGUGGAUCCUGGCAAGGCCCAUAUGACUGACGUACCUUCCAAUCCUUCCUCUUCGACAACGCAGCCAGCUGGGUUGGCAUCUCCGACUUCCCUGAGCUCCAACGUCGCGCACAAAGGCGCGUCUCCCAUCAUGGAUAACCAACAACGGGAGAUGCCGUCUGCAUUGCAGAAUAACACGCUCUCAGAGCAGUUACCCAGCUCUGCUUCCUCGUCCCACUUCCCUGCUGCUCCCAAUUCCACUACUGCGUCCUCACACGACGGUGUACCUCCCUCGCAACCAACCCCGACAGAUCGCGACGUUGUAAUGGGUGGGCCAGCAAUGCGAAGCACCAUUCCGGCGGUCGAUGCGAACAACGUUCCGGCUUCGGCCAUUUCACAGGUCAGAGCUGGCGGCGCUCCAGCGCGCAUAUACCUGAACGAAAAGAUUGUCCCUUACUUGCUUGAGGGGAUGAAGCCGUUGGCAAAAGAUCAGCCGCCAAACCCAUUGCGAUUACUCGGCGAAUAUCUUAUUGCGAAAAGUUUGGAAGUCGGAGAACCCUCGAAUGAUCGGAUCUCGAGUACCUGAUGAUUGGCUGGUUGUUCCUCGCAGACUUGUAUCAUGAACUGGGAUUAAACCGGAGAGGUUUCAUCGUUUUAGGACCUUCCUGAAGUCACGAAAAGAGGGUUAAUAGCGAAUCUAGAAGACCACGGCUCAUGGAUCGAGACCGGUCUUCGGGCCACGCUAAUGUAAACGGAGAAUAGUUUGUAUGCUGUAAUGAAGAUCCAGCUAAGUUAGAAAAG